GCCUGAUAUGAUCAAUCAAUCAAUUUAAAUAAAUACUUCCGUAUAUAGUUUGGUGAAAGUUAGCCGACUUGAGUUUUGUAAUUAUUCACCAGAAUGGUUCGCAUGGAAUUUUUCUCAAGUGGAUUGGUAUUGUUCCUGUUGCUGACUACAGCAUCUGGUCGAGUUCUGACGGCAAAUGAAUCAGCAUUAGAGGAUGUUGAAUCCAACAAUUUUACUGUACAGCUGCCUACGGAAGAUGUUCCAGAACCUUCGUACUUCCUAUCGUACGUUCAUCAACCAAGCUCUGAGGAGGCCACCAUCCACCAAAUAUCCAAGAACCUUCUUGAAGUUACUCAAGAGCUUGUGAGCUUCAAUCCCCGCAGUGUUGACAUCAAUACGACCGUGCAGAAUCGACUAGCUGAACUUCGUAAUCUCCCUCCUUCAGAAGUAGCCGAGUUAUUGGCGGCGCAUGGGGUUCGUGUUCCUCACAGAAGAGCCAUCACUUGCGAUUUCAACUCUCCAUUUUAUCGCAGCAUGGAUGGUUCUUGCAAUAAUUUACAGCAUCCCUGUUGGGGGAAAACAUCUGAACCUUACCAGCGAUGGCUAACCCCUGCUUAUGCGGAUGGUGUGAACGAAAUGCGGCGACGUGCAGAUGGUGGUCCACUUCCCAGCCCACGCCAAGUGUAUCAGUGGUUAGUGAGUCAGACCCGGCAAGGACCAAACACUACUUACUCUAAUCUGUCCAACUUGGCUGUAUUUUGGGGGCAGAUGAUAGCCCAUGAGACUAUCCUUACUCCAGGGGUUACAGUUAAGGUUAUCAAGGGAAACAAAUUUGAAGACAUACCACCUAGCUGCUGCAGGCCAGAGACGAGACAUCCCGAGUGUAUGCCAAUUGUGAUGGAUUAUGAGGAUGGCUUUUACGAACGAGGCCAUUGUAUUGCAAUUGUCCGAUCCGCUGCCUACGCUUACAGCCCCUCCUCUUGCACGCCGCUUAGCCUCGGUCGGCAUCGUGAACAAAUGAACCAAUUGACUGCUUUCAUCGAUGCGUCUUUGGUGUAUGGCUCAUCGGAGGAACUGAUGAGGAAACUACGAGAGCAUGGAGGAACGGGGGCCAAGUUGGCCAUGGACUAUUCGACAGGGUGGAGUUAUCCUCCUAGAAAGGACAGACCUUGCAAAGCAGGGCACGAUGUUUGUGACAAAAGAUGCUUCCAUGUUGGUGAGCAACGAGCAAACGAGAAUCCGUUCCUGGCGGCUCUGCAUACGCUGUGGGCUCGGGAACAUAAUCGUCUUGUAGAUGCCCUGAGAAUUCGUGGAUGGCCCGAUGAGACUCUUUUUCAUGUUGUCAGAAAGAUCGUUGGUGCUAUUAUGCAACACAUCACCUACAAAGAAUACCUUCCUCGGAUUUUAGGAGGAGAACUUGUGGAUGUCCUGCAGCUGAGUGUGCCCACCAAGCAUUAUCAUUAUGAUCCAAAUCUCAACCCGACAAUAUACAACGUGUUCGCCUCUGCCGCGUUUCGGUAUGGCCACAGUAUGCUUUCAGAACGGUACCAGCGUAUUGGACACUCUCCUGCGAGUAGCCCCCUCUUGAGUGGCGAUUUCUUCAGCAUGGACGAUUAUUGCGGGCCCCACGGUGAUCCUGUAGCAUCCUUGCUAUCGGCGCAAGCAUAUCAGCAGGCACAACGAGUUGACAAUCUCUUCUCCAGGCAGGUCACAAACCAUUUAUUUGCGAAGAAAAUGAACGAUCCCGGUUUUGACUUGUUCUCAAUUAACGUCCAGCGUGGACGGGAUCAUGGUCUUCCACCUUACACAAAGUGGCGUGAGGUUUGUGGCCUGCCCCAAGUCAAGGAUUACUCGGAUCUCCAUCAUUACAUGCCAGAACACGUGAUUGAGAGACUGGCUGCUGUCUAUGGUCCUGGUGGAGUUCACGAAAUUGACCUGUUCCCAGCUGGAGUUUCAGAGUUUCCCGUCAAUGGUGGUUUGCUGGGACCCACUUUCACUUGCAUCGUAUCUCAUCAGUUCAAAGUUCUCAAAUUUGGAGAUAGGUUCUGGUAUGAAAAUAUUCACCACCCGGGGAAAUUUUCUAAUGAGCAAAUUGCCUCUAUCCAAAAGACGACGCUGGCGUCACUGUUGUGUAGGAACUCGGACGUUCAAGAAAUACAUCGAAAGGUUUUUGAAGUGGAGUCGCCGUCCAAUCCCAGAGUACCUUGCAGUGUAAUUUUGCAUGAAACAGACUUGGAUGUCAAUCUUUGGCCUUAACUUGUUUAUUGAAUAAACAAUUGUUUGUUGACUAAGGAUAGUAUUUUCCUUUUUUUUUUU